AUGCAGGGCCGCCAAAACAACUGUGACUCUCGUGUUACAUUACGAUAUCAACGACUAAUGUAUCCGGAGGGUUGUGGGUAUCGUAGCGAAACUGGUGGCUUAAUGGAAUGCCUUAGACAACUUGGCGUUGAGAAAAUUCUUGAUCCAUUGGAUGACAGAAUUGCAUCUAAGGGAAAGCUACCUCCUCAUAAACGGCCGUUUGUUGAUUCUGCACCGAUUCCUCUACUUGAAAAAUCUAUACAGGAAACUGUUAAAUUUCCGGAUGAAGAUGAGAGUAUGGGUCAAGUUGUAAUUGCUUGGCUUGAUACUCCAGUUUCCGUGUUACAAAAAGAAUUUGUUGAAAUUGAAGAGCCUUUAUGCACAGACAUUGAUUUCUCUAUCAAUGAGCAAACUCGGACAGCAAUUUUGGCAACCUUUGAAAAUGUUCCAACAGAAGAAUUGGAAGAUCUUGUUACUGGUUUAUUUGAUGUAUUUAAAAGAAUUGUUAAUGAAGGAAUUGAUAUGGAACGUAUGAAAAAUGUAAUUCAUCGUGAUAGACUAAAGACUUUAAAUGAAAUUGAAGUAAAUCCGCAUAAUGUAUUUUCUGGACUUUGUAUUGUAGACCAUGUGUAUGGCAAAGAAACUGGUGAAGACCUUGAAAGGGGUGUUAAAGAUCUGGGUUAUUAUGAACAAAUUGCAAAUUUUUCUGAGAAGCAGUAUCAUAUUGACAAUCCUCACAUCGCGUUAUUGGGAUGUCCGUCUGCAGAAUUCUCAAAGAAACUUAUAGACGAUGAACUUAAACGCGUUGAAAAACAACGUGAAACGCUAGGUCCCGAAAAAUUAAAGGAUUUAGAAAAACAAUUAGAAAAAGCAAAAGAAUCAAAUAAUGUGCCCAUUCCGCCUCAAAUUAUUGUUCCAAGUAUUGAAAGUAUAACAUUUAUAAACGUUAUUACCGGUCGAAAUAAAUCAGAAGGAAAAUACAAAAAUAUCGUUCAAGGUUAUCUUGAUAGUGACAAUUCGACAGACAUCCCAUACUUUAUUCAAUUUGAUCAUAUUCCUUCUGCAUUCGUAAAUAUUUCUAUCUAUAUCACCACAGAGCCUAUUCCCGUCCACCUUCGCCCAUACCUGGAAAUUUAUCUCGAAACAUUUUAUAGUUUGCCGUUGAAUAGACCCAAUGGUGAACAUUUAACAUUUGAACAAAUGGUUAAUGAAUUGAACACAGACACCAUUAGCUAUGAAGAUAAUUGGGGAAUUAAAGGAUUUGAAGGAAUGAUUUGUUUUUCUCUCAAAGUUGAAGCUUCUAAAUAUGCAACUGGGAUUCGAUGGUUACGUGAUUUAUUGUGGAAUACGGAAUUUACUGCCGAAAGGCUUAAAAUUUGUGCUUCAAAACUACUAAAUGAUAUUCCGCAAACUAAACGCGAGGGAUAUGAAAUGUCAUUAAAUGUGCUACAAACAAUCCAUUAUGAUCGCUUACGUUCAAAUAAGUACGUUUUAGGCGUUUUGAACCAAGAAAAAGUUUUACCCGAAACCAUUAAAUUAUUAGAAGAAAAUCCAAGUAAAGCUAUUGAAAUGUUUACAAAGCUUAAAGAGAUUUUGAUUUCCCCAGAAAAUUUUAGAAUUCAUGUGAGUGGAGAUAUUGUGAAAUUGCCAAAUCCUAAAAGCGCAUGGGCAGAAAAUUUUAAAAAUAUCACGGAUACAAAACCUUUAUCACCAAUUCCCUCACCCCAAAAUGGAUAUAUUAUUAAGCUUCCUGCUAUUGAAAAUACUUUUGCUACUCAUGCAGCGAAAGGUCCAACUACUUUUGAUUCGCCAGACCUUGCACCAUUACUUGUACUAUGUGAGGUUUUACACACAAUGGAAGGUUUAUUCUGGAGAGCAAUUCGUGGUCAGGGAUUAGCUUAUGGUGUUUUUCUUAAAGUUAAUGUGGAAUCAGAAGGUGCAAAAAGUGGUGUCAUUUAUGGUCUUGUCAGCAAAGAGGCUACAGAAUCAUUUGUUUCGCAAGUUUUAAAUAAUUUGGAAUCUGGUUUUAAUAAAAAAUUAAUUUCAAGGGUUCAGGCUGUGAAAUUUGAAGAUCUUCACGCUAUGUUGGUGAAAUAUAUAACAAAAUUAUUUAUGCCUGAAACUUCGAAUGUUGUCGUUAUUUCAGCUCCUGGUAAAGUUAAGGAUGUACAAGAAGGAUUUAAUACUCAUGGAUUUAAGUUGGAAGUUAAAAGCUUAGAUAAAGUUAUUAAAUAA